UAUACCUUGAUCCCCGUACCCUCCCAGAUAUUUGUAUUGAAUAACUAAAAAUGGUUAAAUAUUCAUGCCAUCCUUCUUCAAUUACCUCCGAAUCCUUCGGAGUCUCUAUCACCGUACGAAAAUUUAUGCAGAGCUGAAAGUCUUUAAUGUUACCUCGCCAGUGCUUCGUGCAACGUGAAUUACCAAACAUAAGAUUUGAAUUUAUUCGUCAAAAUUUAUUUCGUUCCCUCCAAAGUAAUCCUCUUCCACUAUAAUGCAUUUACGUCAACGUUUUUUCCAAUCUUCGAAACAUGCUUUAAAGUCGUUUUCGUCAAACCCUUCUCGGACUCGCAGCGAAUUUUUUUUUUUAUGUCAUCAAUCGAUUCAGAAUGAAGCGGAAAUUUUAGUCGGGGAAAAAAUCACACAAUGCCAUAUCAGGUGAAUAUGGAAUUUGCGGGGCCGUAUUUGUUGAAUUUUUGACCAAAAAUUCACGAACAACAAAAGCAUUGUGAGCAGGUGCAUUAUCGUGGUGCAAAAUCCAAUUAUCUCGCCACAAAUCAGGUAGUUUUCUGCAAAUUGCUUCACACAAACGACGCAAAAUGCUCAAAUAAUAUUAUAAUUAUAUUAAAUAUUAUAAUAAUAUUCCUUAUUGGCAGUUUGAUCAGUCGGAAGGAAUUUGUGAUGCAUAACACCACGACAAUUGAAGAAAACAGUCAACAUUAUCUUGAUUUUUGAUUGACUUUGACGUGGUCUUUUCGGUCUUGCUUCACCUUGCGAGCGCUUUGAUUGUUGAACUGUUUCGGUGACAAAAGCGCAGAUUUAUGUUUCAUCACUCGUAAUGAUGCGUUUUAAGAACGAUUUGUCUCCAGAAAACAUUUCCUCGGUCGUUUUAACACGUUUUUUUGGAAAAAAUUCUACGUUUUCGGGAUGACUCGAGAUGCGACGCGCCGCAAGUCUAAAUGAUCUUUUAAAAUUGCUUGACAGAUCCAAACGAUAUUGAAACAUGUUGAAUAAUGUCCCUAAUUGUUAAACGACGAUCAUUGAGCACCAAAUCUCUGACUUGAGCGUCGUCUUACUCAUCAGUUGAAGUGGAUGGUCUAUCAGAGCAUUCCUUGAACAUCUUGUACCAUUCGGAAACUCUGAUUUUUGAUAGAGUAUCGUCACCAAAGGCGUUUUGCAACAUUUCCAAGUUUUUGUAAUAGUAAUUCCAUUGCAAAAGCAAAAUUUAAUGCACGUUCUUUGCUCAAUUACACUCGACAUUUUGGGAAAUCGCCGAAGCAAAAAUUUUUCACACAAAAUAUAAGCGUUUAUUUGCAAACGCAAACAGAUAAUAACUAGAUGGCGAUGAAACUCGUACCAACCUGAGAAAGAAACGAUAACAGCGCCAUCUUGCACGCAUGCAGUUUAAAUAAACCGUUCCUGAUACUUUUCGAUUACAGUAGUAUUUCUCAGAGAAAAACAAACUUCACACAAAUAUUUUUAAAUGUAUGUAUUUUAAGAAUAUGUAAUAAGAAAAAAAAUGGCCAAAUAUUUUUUUCUCCAUGUAAUUCCCCCCUUAAAUAUCACUCUACCCUCAAUGUGGUAUUUCUGAACGCAGCCUAAAAUUGGUUCAGAAAGUGCAGCCAUAAAGAACAGAUCUCUACAGUCGCUGAGUAUUCGCCUAUCCGUAGCCGUGGACGUUUUCCGCGGCAAUUUCAUAUAUCGUUGCGAUGUUCGCCGGCGUCGAUGGCGACACGAAUGUCAACGAUAAACACACGAUUUAAGCGAAGAUGAAAUUCAGAUGCAGAAUGAUGGACGCGGGCUCCAUGCGGGAUUUCACGAGCAUCGUCAACACCAUAUCCCGGAUGGCGAAAUUUUGCGUCCUGCGCCUCACACCGGACGAACUGUGCUUCAACGUCGGCGACGAGAGAGUGCCUGUGCUCUGGGCGGUGCUCUCUCAGGAGCACUUCUUCACCGAGUACACGAUGGUCGGCGUAUGUGAAGAUGAGAACGAGAUCUGUCUGGAAUACGAUGCGUCGAUGUUCGCCCGGAGUUUGAACAGUCUGAAGGUAACGGCGAAGAGCGUGAAAAUCAAGUUGACAAAUAAGCGGCAGCCUUGCCUGACGUUCGAGAUCGACCUGUCCUCCGUGGCGAUCGAUUCGCGACAAUGUGUGCACGACGUGCCAGUGAGGCUGAUACCGCGCAAGGAGUGGCAGGAGUACAAAAUGCCCGUCAUCCCUGAAUUCGAUAUAUCCCUGGAGAUACCGCAGCUCAAGUACCUGCGGCACAUCGUGGAGAGGAUGAAGAGCAUGAGCUCCAGGCUGGCGGUGAUCGCCAACACACAGGGUACACUGAUGCUCAGAGUCGAGGUGGACCAAGCUACUGUAACGACUCACUUCAAAGGUCUGCGGGUUUGGAGCAGGCAAGGAGAGCAGGAGGAAGAGAACGGUGAUGUUUCCGCGACUGUUAACGUAAAGAAGCUCGCGAUGUUUCUGGGCUGGGACAGCCUCCAUCCAGACAGUGUCAAGUGUAACAUAUUGCGGGAAAAGAUGGUGAAACUGACAUUGGAUGUGGGCGAUCACGUCAAGAUGCAUUACUUUGAGCCAGCUAUUGCUCUUUGAACAUGGUUCGGUGGAAGCUCUCAAUCACACAGCGAUGUUACCGAAAUGUAAAAUAUACGUUUAUUUCAAUCGUA